UCGAACAUAGAAACAAACAGUCGGUGUGUAGAGCCUGAUUUAUCUUCUACACUGAACCAUUCAAAGCUCAUUUGUCUCAUCGACGCUACAAAUAAAAAUGACUGCUAUGACCAAUUCUUUGGUUUUGUCGAGGGACCCUCGGCUCCAUCUCUCCGCUGGCUCUUCUUUGAAGUUGUCAGACCAAUGUAUUGGGAGUACUGGCCCUGCCAAUUUGUCAUUCAGUUCUAAUCGUCUGUGCAAGGUGCAACUUUCUACCUCCAGAAGGUCUCUCACAGUUCAAGCUGCAUAUAGGGAUGAAGGAAGGUCAAAUAGUGCAGGCAUCUUUGUUGGUGGUUUUGUUUUGGGAGGAAUAAUAGUUGGCACACUUGGAUGUGUAUACGCACCUCAGAUCAGCAAGGCACUAGCUGGUGCUGCGGCUGACAGAAAGGAUCUUAUGAGAAAAUUGCCCAAGUUCAUAUAUGAUGAAGAAAAGGCUUUGGAGAAAACAAGAAAAAUACUAACUGAAAAGAUUGCCCAGCUAAACUCUGCUAUAGACGAUGUUUCUAAUCAGCUCCAUGCAGAAGAUGAGGGCCUAAAUGGAGUGGCUGUGAACUCUGAUGAAGUUGAAGCUAGUGUAUGAGAUAUCUCCUAUCGACCUUCAAUCAACAGCAACUUCAAUCAUAAGAAACAACGUUGAAUUUGUUGUAAUGUUUUUCUUUUCUGCUUGAGAAACCUUGGUUCUUAAAUGUGUUCCUUGCAUGGGUAUAUAUACAGUCGCCUAUAAAAUCAAUGAUAGACUUGCUUUUGCUUGGUUUUA